UAAAGCACCGAAGAAGAACCCCGUGGAGCUAACUGAAGCUACUGGACGUUUUAAAAACUGUCAAAAACGUUCAGACCCUUUUAACCAGUUGUUUCAUUGGCCCUUUUCUGAAAACUACGUACACGGCGUGAGGAGAGGUCCGGCUUCAGGAGGAGCAGAGCCCGAGGAGAUGAAUGGGGGGACAGCAGAACCACGAGGAGAGGACGAUGAGGAGGAGCUUCCUGCUGAAGACACCAAGACCUCCAAAAAGAGACGCCCUCCCCCCAAACUCGUGCACAAAUGUUUGGUAUGCAGCCGCAUGUUCUGCCGGCCCUCUCGGCUGGCGGAUCACAUGACCCUGCACACCGGAGAGAAACCGCACGGCUGCUCCGUGUGCGAGAGGAGUUUCGCCAAUAAGACCAGCCUGGCUCAUCACAAGCGCGUUCACACCGGGGAGAAGCCGUACUCCUGCGAUGAAUGCCACGCCUGCUUCCGCCUGUACGGCUGCCUGGCGCGCCACCGGAUGCAGCACAGCGGGGAGCGCCCGCACCGCUGCUCCACCUGCGGCCGCGGCUUCUUCCGCCGCCGGUACCUCCUGGAGCACGAGCGCACGCACACUGGAGAGAGGCCUUUCUGCUGCACGCUCUGCCCCAAAACCUACCCUUCCCGGGCGUCGCUCAAAGAGCACCAGUGGCAACACAGCGAGGGCAGCAGCUGCUCCGUCUGCGGGAAGGACUUCCCCACAGCAGGCUCCCUCCGCAAGCACCUGAGGGUGCACGCCACCAAUUACACUAAAACACACCAAUGCACGCUGUGCAGCCGCAGCUUCAGCAGACCCUGCCUGAUGAGGAAACACCUGCUGACUCACAACCUUCAGACUCACGACCUUCAGACUCACGACCUUCAGACUCAGGACCUGCAGACUCACGACCUGCAGACUCACGACCUUCAGACUCACGACCUUCAGACUCAGGACCUGCAGACUCACGACCUGCAGACACACGACCUUCAGGAGGCAGAGGUCAUCCCAGCUGCAGCCAGCAACGAGUUCUGGUUAAACGUAAAGACUGAAGAGGAAGAGGAGGAGGAAGUUCAGAUGAUGAAGAUCGAGGAGGAGGAGGGUCUGAAGGAGCAGGACUCGGAGGAGCUUUCUCCCCCCGCAGAGUCCAGACCGCGUGUCCAUGAAGACGCCUCGCAACCGGAGGAGGGAGAGGAGGGAGAGGAGGGAGAGGAGGGAGAGGAGGGAGAGGAGGGAGGAGUCAUCAGCAGUUUAAUCAACUCUGACGGGGAGGAAGAGUCCUUGGGACCGUCUCAAAUCGAACAAGAUGGCGGCUCAGAGACGGAGGCAGACGGGAAGAGUAAGUACCGAUGUCGGGUCUGCGGUCGGGACUGCUUCAAGACGUCGGCGCUGCAGAAACACCUGAGGAUCCACUCCGGGGAGAAACCCUUCCAGUGCCCCACCUGCAAGAAGAGCUUCACACAGCAGGUGCACAUGAAGGAGCACCAGAGGACCCACAGCGGGGAGAGACCCUACACAUGCAGCACCUGCAGCAAGAGCUUCACCUUCUCCAGCGCGAUGCGCCGCCAUGAGCGGCAGCACUCGGGGGUUCGAUUCCAGUGUAAGUUCUGCAGCAAGAGCUUCAGCCGCACCCCGGACCUCACCUACCACAUGAAGAUGCACUCCGAAGCCUCUUCUGCCAGAUCUGCGAGAAGGACCUGAGCGGAGCGCGCUUCUUCCACAAAUACGAGGCGACAAACUAGCCUCGAUAAGGAGCGACGGACAAAGACGAUAAUGUGACAGUGACAUUACAUCCAGAAUAUAUUCACAUCUGAGCUGCACUCAUUGAUUCUUCAAGAGCCUCCAUCUCUAACUGCAACAAAAGAAAUUCAGCUUGAUGUCCAAAGUAUUCUGGGGCUAACUCUGCACCGUGUCCGCACGUUUGAUCAUAACUCAAUCUGAAGAUGAAUAAAGACGAGGGGACAAACUCGCCAGUGUAAGUAGCGGCAGACAGAAAGUAUAAUGCAGAUGUUGCAGCUGUGAUAUUUAAUCCAUCCAGAGCAGAACUGUUGGCAAAUCAGAACGUAGAGCAGCUUAAACAUCUGACAUGUGAUCAUUAAUCAUUCAGGGGAUUAAAUCAAGCGUCUCCUCGUCAAACGACACACGACAUACCAUCGGACCAAAGUUCAAUUUCAUUCUCGAAGUAUCCUGGAGCGCGCAUCUUCCGCUAACACGUGAAGAAGCACGAGUCGACCAACUCCCCGUGAGAAGGAGCUACGCUGUGAAAUCAGAAGAUGCUCAAACGCUUUAGAAAACAUUUGUUUAAUUGAUCUGAUGAUGCAAUGCGCUAUGAUUCACAAUAUUAGAGGGAAACAUUAUUUCAUUUAUCAUUAAACAAUGUAUAAAGAUGAUCAUGGUGGUUCAUUUGUUAUUUAUCAUAAGGAUCUGCACCAAAUAAAGAUUUCUUACGAAGUCUAGAGAAUAUUAUCUCCAGCUCUGAUUUCAUUACAGAAGAAUCCUCAACGACUUCAAUAAAGUGACUGAAACACUCAA